AUGCAGACGGGACUCCGAACCCUCAUUCGUUCCUCAAGGAUUGCCUCCUCAACACCGAGGUUCCGAGCUGCUCCUACCUCACACGUUCUACGCGCCGGAGCCCUCCAGAUCCGGUCACUCCACAUCAAGAAAUACACUUCGGAGCACGAAGUCGUGAAUUUCGACGAUGAGACGGGGGUCGGUAUCGUUGGAAUUACGGACCACGCGCAGAGUGUUCUCGGGGACGUCGUGUUCGUUGAACUGCCGGCUGUUGGAACUACAGUCCAACAAGGAGACCAACUUGGGGCAGUCGAAAGCGUUAAGGCCGCUUCUGAUAUUUACGCCCCCGUCUCUGGUAUCGUCGAGGAGAUCAAUGAGACGCUUUCGAACGAGCCGGGCUUGCUGAAUAAGUCUGCCGAAGACAAGGGCUGGCUCUGCAAAAUCAAACUUUCCGAUCCGUCGGAGGUGGACAAGCUGAUGACUCCGGAGGAGUACAAGGCGACUUGGGAGUAA